CUGCUCCGCCGUCUGCUUCAGACAAGAGGAACAGCUUCAGCUGCUGUACAGCGAGCGCACAAUAGACACACAAACAGCACACAGGGAUCUCUGUACGGAUACGAUCGCGAACGUAUCACUUGGAUUAUUACUGGUUUGGACUCAUCGAUACCGCGAUAUCACUAAUGCUGAUCGGAGCCGCUAUUGAUCAUCGACAGUAGCGCCAUGAGCGGGGUUCUCAAGAGGAAGUAUGAGGAGGUGGAGGAGGACCCAUGCUACUCUUCCUCCCCCUCCUCUCUUUCCUCAUCCGCCUAUUCCGAGUGGGAUUCGGAUGGGGAGAGCUGCUACUCGGACACUCUGGAUUCAACACCCAGCAACCCCAGCUCUCCAAAACUCUUUAACACCACAUCCAUCCUGAAGAAAGUCAAGCGCGCGCGCCGAGGGAACGUGCAGUUCGACCAGGUCACGGUUUACUUCUUCCCGCGCUGCCAGGGCUUCACCAGCGUGCCCAGUCGUGGAGGCUGCACCCUCGGCAUGUUGCAGAGACACAGCGCGCAGCGAUGCUACACGCUAGCUGAAUUUGCCAUAGAACAGCGGCACCAACGGAAAGAAAAACUUAAAAACAGAAUGAAGGAGGAGAAACUGGAAGCGCUCAAACUGAAGCUUACUAAAAACGGUACCCAGGAAUCAGAAGAGGCCGACAAGUUGACUGUGGACGACAUCCCCGAGGAUGAAAUCGACCUCAGCGGCGUUAACCUGGAGGACGGGUCCUUCCUGCACCCCUAUCCCUCGAAGAGAAGGCACGCUAUACUCAAAGCAGCCGGUGUGAAGAAAAUCGAUAAGGAAGAGAAGCGCCAAUUGCACGAGUUGCGUACGUCAAGGGAGGACUGCGGUUGUGACUGCCAGGGCUUCUGUGAGCCAGAAACAUGUAGCUGUAGUUUAGCCGGGAUCAAGUGUCAGAUGGACCACUCAUCCUUCCCAUGUGGCUGCACUAAAGACGGGUGCGGGAAUACGGAGGGCCGUAUCGAGUUCAACUCUAGCCGAGUUCAAACCCACUACAUCCACACCAUCAUGAAGCUAGAGCUGGAGAAACGCCUGGAGGAGCACACGACCGAGGCUUCGGAAGAACAGCCUGACUGCACUUCCUCGGUUCGUCCAGUAGAGGGCAGCACCGUACCCGAGAGACCCUCAUUUCAUUUCAGCUCCGAGCUGGUGGCUGUGAACGAGAACAGCUGUAGCAGCGACAUGACUGAUUCAUCCAGCUCGUCGGGUCAGAGCGAGGACACGGAAGUGGUCCGCGAGCAGUCGCCGCUGGAUGUGGAUGAAAACGGACUUGCGCGAAUUCUAAGCUUUAGCGACACAGACAAUGAGGAUUGUUCGGGGAAGGACGGAGAUGUCGAACGUAGCAACCAGCAGCAAAAAAACGAGUCUGCAUCUAUGGGUUACGGCAUCUUUAGCGCAGCGGAUGACAACAAACUCUGCACGUCCCAAACAGACUCUAACGUGAACAACAGUCGUACGGCCAUAUCCGAAUUUUUGGACGAGAACGCUAAUCAAGGAAACGGUUUAUUCCACAGUGGGUCCGUACCCCACACCCCGUCACCCUCCAUAGGUGAUCAUUCAGCCAGCUAUAUGGACCUAAGCCUGUCUUCGGAGUCAGACCUGGAGUUCUUCGAUGAGUUUCCUUGUCUGGGACCAAGCUCGCUCUACAACUCCCUGAAGGAGUACGAGCACAUGGACAACUUCUUUCAGUUCCAGUUGCCUAGUUACCCCAGCCUUCCUCAAGCUGCCGACCCAGGCACCUGUCUCCUGGAGUCCCUUAUUGGCUUGUCCGAUUCGGUCCCAGAACCUCCCGCCACCUUCACAGACAAUCAGAUGCUUGAGGACGCUAUGAAACUUUCAGUGAUGGAAUCUGUCAAAGUUUAGAGGGAUGUCGGUUAUAAAUGAACGCCAUCCUCCGAUGCUAUCGAUAUUUGCAUUAUCUGCCUUUAAGAUGUUAGCAAAGCAUUAAGUUAUUAUAACAAUCUUUAUUAUUAUUAUUAUUAUCAUUAUUUGUAUUGCCAUGCCAGUGGCAGCUAACAUUUCAGUUCGGGAAAAAAAGUCUGGCCAACUGAUUUUUGAAUAUUUUUGUACAUAUGGCCCGGAAGGUGAAGAAUUUCUCACCCACUUUGUUGGUAUUAUCAUCAUUUACCAUUAUUAUUAUUAUUGUUAUUAUUAUUAUUACUAUUAUUAUUUUUAUUGCUGAGGUUAUUUAUAUGAAUUCAAAAGGGGCACAGAUAGGAGUCUUGAAAUGAUGCUGAUUAUGUAUCUCAGGGACUUUUUCUAGCUUUUGGAAGCAAUGCAUUUCGACCAUCGCUGUUAUGGAUCUUAUUUGGCUUUUUCUGAGAAUUUCCACCAAAACACAAACAGCAUUUAAUGGCCCCUUUGGAGGGCUUCAGUCUCUGUUGCUUUUGGACUUGAGAUGUAUGGUGGUCUGUACUUUAUUGCAAAGCUAGAGGAAUCUCCUGUUCUAUAAACGGCUCCUUGGGAUUUUUAAUGGUACGCGAAUCCCCCAGAGGCUCCUCAGUUAGCACUUUAUCUGUGAACGAAAACGAAACCGAUCAGACAGCAAAUGGGUGAUCAGUAUGUUGUCUAUGAGAUGCUUUUCAUACAAGCGUGUGGUGUUUAGUGUUUAUCAUCAGCACAAAAAGCGAGCAUUUUUCUCUAAUUUAUUAUACACACCGCGGAUAUCUCAGUUGUAAAUCGUAUUCAUUUUGGAAAGCAUAAUAUAACUGUGAUAUCUGUUGACCAUUGCUUUUAUUUAUUCUUACCGAGUUAUUUAUUUUUGGUUUUUCUUUGAAUAUAUCUGAGCCACACUGUGCUCCGGAGAAGUAGAAACAAUGCAGCUUUUAAAAAACAAACAAACAUUUUUUUGGGAGGGUUUUCACCUUAAAUACAUUAACCUGUGUGAAGCACAUCUUUGUCCUGUAAUAAUGUUUCAUUUGUAGCUGUGGAGGAAGGGGCACCAACAGCAAAGUAUUUAUCUAUUCUAUUACUAUGAAGAAACACUUUGGUUAAAUUAUUUCACAGUUAGCAUUUCAGUGGGACUUAAUUUAUUCAUUGUUUGGGCAAUAAAAGAAAAUGGUGUGUGUUUAAAGAAAGAAAAGGUUUACUCUUUGUGCCUGUUAACACAAGGAGCCAUGAACAAGAUUGUUUUAUAGCUGAUGAUGCUGUAUAACCUACCUAUUGAUUAAAUUGCCUAUGAUAUAGAGAAUUAACAUUUUGUAACUAUGUAGAUUUGAGAGAAUUCUAAUCUGUAUUAUUGACAAAUUAUUUUAUUAAGAAAUGAAAUCCACAAUGGUCUUCAAAUAUGGAAAUGUUUGUAAUAUAUUAAUAUAGCUACGCAGGUAUUUGCAUAUUUCUAAUUUCUGUAACUACCUAAAUGAAUUAACCAAGUGAAAUGACUCCGAAUGGUUGGGCAGACACGACUUUGUGGGUAUAAAUUAGUAGUUUCAAAAACGUUAAAGCUGCAUAUAUUAUGCAAGAUCUAAAAUUAUGCAAAGAAAAUUCCCACUUCAAAAUGAAGAUGUUUAAAGGUUUACGUUUCUGAAUCAAUGUACAUAUCCGACCAUCCAGAAUUCAGCUGUUGGAUCAGCCUAGAAGAAUUUGCAUGCAAGAUUUGUUUAUACAUUCGUCUCCAUAUAUGUUAAUAGAGCAAAAAUGCACAAUCAGAAAUGUAUUUGCUUUUUUCGCCUUCAUGUGCUGAUCUUGAAAUCGAUUCAUUUCCAUGGCCGAGUGGACGUGGUUUCAUUCGUUCAAGUCCAGUUGAUUCCAUUGUAAAGAUGCAUCACCUCAUCACAAUGGAAGUUAUGGUAUUUAUUAGUCAUGGCCGGUGUAUGUUUUGAUCUCUGAUGCUUUGCAAAGUGUUUCUUACUUCUGCCUUUUGUUGUAUAUAUUUUCUGCGUCAAUGAAACUAAAGACAAAAACCAUGCAGUUCUUUUAUAUUAUAUAUAUUUUCAUGCUUAACAGUUUAAAGCUGUUCAUUUCAUUCAAGUCUUUUGACGGUAGUGUGUCCCUUCAAAAUAAAAGUUCAGCUUUUUUCUUAA